CUGCCCAUGGCGGGGAGGCGCCUCUGAGGUGGUCCGCCCCACACUAUGUGUGUCCGUCACCUCCUCCUCCUGAGAGUCUGAUCUGCGGCCGAACAGCUCACAGAGCCUCGGCGGUGGGCUCAGGCGGCUGCUUGGCCGGCCGGCCGGCCUGGAGCUGGAAAGGACGGUUCCACUAUGAACCUGCACCAGGUGUUGACGGGGGCUGUCAACCCCGGGGACAACUGCUUCUCCGUGGGGAACAACGACGGCCACCCUUUCACGGCUUAUGCAUCAGGAUGUGACAUAGUGAUAUUGGGGACAGAUUUUGAAAGGUUACAAAUAAUUCCUGGAGCAAAAUAUGGAAAUAUUCAAGUGGGGUGUGUAGAUUGUUCCAUGCAGCAAGGGAAGAUUGCAGCUGCUUAUGGAAAUAUAAUUUGCAUCUUUGAGCCAGUCAAACAUCUAAAGCAGAAGAAGAAUCAUAAUUCUGGAUUAUCUUAUCAAUGGCAGAAUUCAGAUCAGAUUUGCUUGGAACAUGUUGUGCACAAUUUAACCUGGGAUCCCACAGGUUCUCGUCUAUUGACUAGUUCCAGUUGUUUGCAGCUUUGGUCUAAUGUCAGUUUUGAAAAUCUAGCAGAAGAUGAAAAUUGUGAAAAAACUGAUCCUCAGAAAUGGAGAAUCAUCUGGCAGAACAAAACUGCUUCUCAAGUUCAUCUAAUGAUGUUUUCACCAGAUGGAGAAUUUUUUGCUACUGCAGGGAAGGAUGAUUGUCUUGUAAAGGUGUGGUAUAACACUGAUUGCUGGAAAUCAGUGAUUGCAUCACAACAAACAACACCAGAAACCACAGUGCAGGAACUCAGUUUCUCGUUUAUUUAUCUGGUUCAUCCUCGGUCCGUUGAUGGUUUUUCAUGGCGGAAGACAAGCAACUACAUGCCACGUGGUGCUGUGUGCAAUGUACUGCUGACCUGCUGCAAAGACAAUAUAUGCCGCCUCUGGGCAGAAACUCUGUUGCCUAAUGAUAGCCUCUUAUAUGAAGGUGGAUAUAACUAUUGGCCUGAGCCAGUGAAAUUAAAUAAUUUUAAGAGGAAUGCUUCCAGCAAAGAAAGCAUGAAAAAUGCUUUAGAGUUAAAUCUAAGACCUUUCCGACGAGGAAGAAGAAGAUCAAUAGCACUUGCACAUACUGGAUACUUGCCCCAUCAGCAAGAUCCUCAUGUAGUUCAUCGAAACAGCCCAUUGCAGUCAAAUGCACUUUGCCAUUUCCACAUUGCUGCCAGCAUCAAUCCAGCCACAGACAUUCCCUUGCUCCCUUCUAUUAUGUCUCUGAGUCUUAAUGAAAGUGAAGAAAAAAGUGGUCCUUUUGUAGUGCACUGGCUAAAUAAUAAAGAAUUGCAUUUUACCCUAUCAAUGGAAGUUUUUUUACAACAGUUUAGAAGAAAUUUUGAGCAUAUUUCUUCAGAAGUCAGCACUGAAGAACCUAAUCAGAUGACUUUCAAAUCUGAUGAAGAAACUGAUGAUAGUAAAGAAGAACAGAGAAAAAAUCAAGAACAGAAAGAAUUUCCUGGUGAAAAACCUGUUUCAAAUUCAAGCUCCAUUCUCUUGUCUUCAGCUAUUAUUGAUCAUGAGAUUGAAAUACAACUAGCUGAAUGGAAUAAAAAUGCAGACAUGCUAUUUAGUAUUCAUCCUAUGGAUGGAUCAUUGCUCGUAUGGCAUGUUGAUUGGCUAGAUGAAUACCAACCAGGCAUGUUUCGUCAAGUACAGGUGUCGUUUGUUUCAAGGAUUCCUGUUGCCUUUCCUACUGGUGAUGCAAAUUCACUUUGCAGAAGUAUAGUGAUGUAUGCUUGUACAAAAAAUGUUGACCUUGCUCUUCAGCAAGGCAAACAAAAACCAUCUAGCCUUGGUCGUUCCUGCUCUAUGUUAAUUUCUUCAGGUCAUAGUAAAUCGCCCAACAAUGUAAAACUAAGCAUCUUCACCCCAAAUGUUAUGAUGAUUUCCAAGCAUGCAGAUGGAUCUCUAAAUCAGUGGCUAGUCAGCUUUGCAGAGGAAUCUGCUUUUUCAAAUGUUCUCAGUAUUUGCCACAAAUCACGAUACUGUGGACAUCGUUUCCAUCUUAAUGACUUGGCUUGCCAUUCAGUACUUCCAUUGCUACUCACAACCUCUCAUCACAAUGCAGUCAGGAUUCCAGUUCUUGAUAGCAUAGAAGAAACAUCUCCAGAACAUCAAAAUAAAAGUUCUGCCUGCACAUCUCAGGAUCUUACUGCUGUUUACAGUGAACUUAUCCUCUGGAGAGUUGAUCCAGUUGGUCCACUAUCUUUUUCUGGUGGAGUUUCUGAGCUUGCAAGAAUAAAUUCUCUUCACGUAUCUGCUUUUUCAAAUGUGGCAUGGUUACCUUGCCUCAUACCUAGUUACUGCUUAGGUGCAUACUGUAAUUCACCAAGUGCUUGCUUUGUUGCAAGUGAUGGUCAACAUUUGAGACUCUAUCAAGCCAUAAUAGAUGCCAAAAAGCUACUCUGUGAACUAUCAAAUCCAGGAAUUUCUAGAUAUGUUGGCAAAUUUUUUAACAUCAUAAGUCAGCAAUCUACAGCUAGACCUGGUUGCAUUGUAGAACUGAAUUCUAUUACAGAGCUGCAUGGUGAGAAAAUGCAGCUACUUCAUGUUUUUCAAGAAGAUUUCAUUAUGAAUAAUCUUGAGAAUAGAUUCUCAGAAAAAGAGUCACUACUACUUGAUCCUGGAUAUCAGAAAAAUGGAUUUUCUGAAAAAUUCUAUUUAAUUGUAAUUGAAUAUACUCAAAACUGCUCACUGUUACACAUGUGGAAAUUACACUUGAAAUCCCUACCAGUCGCAGUGGAUGAAAAGAUACCUCCUAAGGCAUCUGAAACAGCAUCUCAAGAACAACUGCAUUCUUCUCCGGACCAAGAAAAGCUUCACAGUUCCAUUGCAAAGAAAUACCAAAUUUGCAGAGAUAAUCUUCAAAGUACCAGCCAAUUAGUUCUUUCUUCAGAAAUUGUCUAUAGUUGUGAACUAAAUUUACCAGAAGGAGUGGAGAUAAUAAGCAUUAAACCAUCAGCAGGUCAUUUAAGUUCUUCUUCAAUUUAUCCAGUCCGCCAAGCUCCUUAUCUUCUUGCAACGCUUUGUUCAGAUGGGAAAGUUAGGUUUUGGAGGUGUAGAAUGUCACAAGAAACAGAUCUAUUAUCCAAACCAGAGAAUACUAAGAACAGUGGUACGUAUGUAUGGGAAGAAUGGCCAUUGCUUAUUGAAGAUGGACAUCUUAGUAGCAGUGCCCUUGAAGUGUCUGGUUUACCUCUUGAAAUUAGCUGUGCUCAUACAAAUCGUUUAGCUGUGGCAUACAGGCGAACACCACCCCAAAACAGUAAUACUCAAGAUUUUUUUGUGAAUGUCGGCAUUUUUGAAUGUGAAUCUACAGGAGGCUCUUGUUGGAACUUGGAACAAACCCUUCAUUUAGAUGAACUAAACCUAUCAUUGGAUUCUCUGACUGUCAAUAGUAGUUCAAUGGCAGUAGGAAAUAAGAACUUAACAUUCAGAACAAAGCAUUUGGUUCAUUUAGAUUGGAUGUCUAGGGAAGAUGGCUCUCAUAUAUUAACAGUAGGCAUUGGUUCAAAACUUUAUAUGUUUGGUCAGUUGGCUGGGAAAAUACAGGAACCAAGUACUAAGGAAAUGCUUGUACUGCCAGUAUGGGAAAAUGCUAAAACCUCUUGUACAUCUAGAUUUAUACUGUUACGAUGUGUGGAUUUGGUCUCAUCAGUAGAAGGGUCACCUCCUUUACCAGUUUCUUUGUCUUGGGUUCGUGAUGGCAUCCUUGUGAUUGGGAUGGAUUGUGAAAUGCAUGUUUAUUCUCAAUGGCAGCCAUUUUCAAAACAAGAUCCCAUUACCACAGACUCUUACAGUAGUAGUACACCAUCUAUAACAAGUUUAGUUAAACAAAUCCAGUUGUCUAGUGUUCCCCCACUAAAGCGAACAUUAACCCGAUCCAUGGCUAGCUUUGCUCAAAAACUUGGUGGGAAACGAACUGUAUUUGAUCUGUCACUGGAGAUGGAAGAUUCUGGUCUUUUUGAAGCAGCUCAUUCAUUAUGUCCUACUUUACCUCAGUAUCAUCCUGUGCAACUUUUGGAACUCAUGGAUCUAGGGAAAGUACGUAGAGCAAAGGCCAUUUUAUCUCAUCUAGUCAAAUGCAUUGCUGGAGAAGUUAUUGCCAUAAGUGACCCCUUCCAUGAGAAAAGGUACCGCUCUCUCUCAAUCUGUGCUAGUGGGAGUAGUACAAGAGACCCUAUGACAUUUAACAGAUGUGUAAUAACAGACUAUACAGAAAUAGAUUCUGUUCCACCUCUUCCUUUGUAUGCAUUGCUUGCUGCUGAUGAAGAAUGUUCCUAUGCUUGUACUGAAAAGUCAAAUACUCCAAAGAAGCUUAACAAACAUGUGACUGACGAAAAUUAUGAGGAUCUAUUUCAAAAUUCCAGCCUAUGUACAGAUGAACUGACUACAAUUGAAGUAGAUGAAGAUGACAAAAAGCCAAAAGUUAUUGAUCUUUCUCAGUAUAAUCCGACUUACUUUGGACAAGAGCAUGCCCAAGUUCUUUCUCGUCACUUGCUUCAUUCUAGCUUACCAGGACUUACCAGGAUGGAACAGAUGCUAUUGAUGGCAUUAGCUGAUACAAUUGCCAUUACCAGUACUGAUAUAGGAGAAAGCAGAGACAGAAGCAAAGGAGGAGAAACACUUGAUGAAUGUGGUUUGAAGUUUCUUUUGGCAGUUCGUCUUCACACUUUUAUGACAACUUCUCUGCCACCUGCUCACAGAGUUCAGCUAUUACAUCAAGGUUUGUCUUCGAGUCAUUUUGCUUGGGCAUUUCACUCUAUUGCAGAAGAAGAACUUCUAAACAUGCUUCCUGCAGUACAGAAAGGUGAUCCAACAUGGUCAGAGCUUAGAGCUAUGGGAAUAGGAUGGUGGGUUCGAAAUACUCAUAAUUUGCGCAGAUGCAUUGAGAAGGUCGCUAAAGCAGCCUUUCAAAGAAACAAUGACCCUCUGGAUGCAGCCAUUUUCUAUCUUGCAAUGAAAAAGAAGACUGUGAUUUGGGGACUAUAUAGGUCCCUAAAAGAUACUAAAAUGACACAGUUCUUUGGAAACAAUUUUAGUGAGGACAGAUGGCGUAAAGCAGCACUGAAGAAUGCUUUUUCAUUGCUAGGCAAGCAACGUUUUGAACAUUCUACAGCAUUUUUUUUAUUGGCUGGUCAUUUAAAAGAUGCCAUUGAGGUCUGCCUAGAGAAAUUAAAUGACAUUCAGUUAGCUCUUGUAAUUGCACGACUAUAUGAAUCAGAAUUUGAAACAUCUGGUACUUACAAAUCAAUUCUUCAGAAGAGAAUUCUGGGAAGUAAGCCUCAUUCCAUGGAAAGUCCAUCAAAACCACAUUUUGACCCUUUUCUCCGAAGUAUGGCUUACUGGAUUUUGGAAGAGUAUGGUCAUGCUCUUGAUACUCUUUUAAGCCAUCCCAUUUUGAAUGAUGAAGAUGAAGGAAGCUUCUCAAACUGUAGCCCUUCGGUAUUUAAUUUUUAUAAUUAUCUAAGGACGCAUCCUCUCUUGCUGAGACGCCAUUUUGGGUCUUCUGAUUUAUCUUCCGCAAGGAUAUGUGUAACAGGAGAAAAUGGGCUUGCAGAUGAAAUCAAUUUAGAGGAAAGAAAAUUAUUCUUUACUGCAGCAUAUACACAUUUGAAGUCAGGCUGUCCUAUGUUGGCUUUAGAAGUAUUAUCGAAGAUGCCUAAAGUGGUCAAAAAGUCAAAGUGUUUAAGAAGAACAUUUAGUUUAAGAAACACUAGUAAAGAAUGUUCACCCUCUUCUCCAAUGCCAGUAGAAUCAAAAGGUGACCAGUUUUUCAGGACUGACAAGUCAGAACCAGUGCUAAAUGGUUUAGGACCAUUAUCAGAUGCUUCAUCAUACAAACAUUCAGAUUCUGAUGCUUUGUUUGAUUGGAGUCAGCCAGCUACAGUCUUCCAAGAUGACCCAUUGGAAUUAAAAUGGGACAGUGACAAAAAUGAGGAAUGUGAAGAUUCUUGCCUUGUAAUGAAACCUUUGCAGAAGAUAACAGAUGAAAAAACAAAUGAAGUUAGUUCUAGCUGCACUGAAACCUACAGUUCGGGAGGUAAAAAUGAUGUCUUAACAUCAUCAGAAGACAUCAUUUGUGUACAGCUGAAAUUUAGGGCAUGCCUGAAGAUUCUUACAGAGGAACUUCGAACAUUAUCCACUGGCUAUGAAGUAGAUGGUGGAAAAUUAAGAUAUCAGCUGUAUAAUUGGCUUGAAAGGGAGGUGGUAGCCCUUCAGAAGACAUGUGAAUAUAAUAUUGAAGCAGAUGAUUCUCAAAAAGAAAUUAUUCCAGUAAUGGGUGAAAAUUCCUUGAAUGAAAGAACUGAAGACCUGUCAGACAUACAACUAAAGGAAAAUAUGCAAAGAAGACACUGGCUUAUAAAAUACCAAUCACUUCUGCGAAUGUUUCUUAGUUAUUGCAUCCUCCAUGGGUCUCAUGGUGGAGGCUUGGCAUCUGUACGAAUGGAACUGAUUUUGCUUCUGCAAGAAUCCCAACAGGAAUUUUCGGAGCAAUCAUAUAGUAAUAGUGUAUCUGAGCAGAGCACAAUACCUCUUCUUUUUGCCUGUACUGCAAGUGCCAAAACAGUGGUGGCCAAUCCAUUAUUGCAUCUUAGUAACCUGACACAUGAUAUACUACAUGCUAUUCUUUCUCUUGACUCUCCACCCCACCCAGAUGUACAGAAUAAUAAGAUACACGUAAUGCACACAUUAGCAGCAUCUUUAUCAGCUUGCAUUUACCAGUCUCUCUGUGGGGGUCAUAACUGCAGUUUAUUGCAAACAAACCAAUUCACUGGGAUGAUUUAUCAGACCUUAUUGCUCUCUCAUCGGCAUUCUGUAAGAACAGCAAGCUCAGAUGAAACAGUAACACCAAAUACUGCACCAGCUCAAUGGCCAGGGAUAAUGGAUUUAAUACGAUUACUGAAUCAAGCUGGGGAAGAAGCUCAGUCUGGGAUCACAAUUUUGCUCUGUGAAAUUCUUACGGCAAUCUACCUUAGUCUCUUUAUUCAUGGUCUAGCAACACAUUCCAGCAAUGAAUUAUUCAGGAUUGUGGCCCAUCCUCUUAAUGACAAAAUGUGGUUUGCUGUCUUUGGUGGUGGUGCAAAGAUUCCCAAGAAAGGACCAAUUCAAGAAACAACCAAGAUGGCCUCUUCUCCUAUAGAUGAUGGUGAGAAGCAAAAUAAGCGGUUUAGACUGACAUCAAAGUCAUCAUCAAAAGAAAAUUCACCUAGUAUUUUACCUGGAAAAGAACAAGACACUUCAAUUUACAAAGAGAAAUUUAUUCCUCCUGAACUUAGUAUUUGGGACUACUUUAUAGCAAAGCCAUAUCUUGCAUCAUCCCAAACUAGAUUUGAAUAUGAUUCAGAAGAAAGUCAGGACAGCAGUGAUGAAGAUGAAGAUGAAGAUGGAGCGUUCUUAUCAGAUUCAAAACUUCAGGAACACUCUAACUCAAAUUCAUUUAGUUGGUCAUUAAUGCGCUUGGCUAUGGUUCAGCUAGUUCUCCGUAACUUGAAAAGUUUCUACCCAUUGGCUGGACAUGACCUUACAGAACUUCCAGUUUGUUCACCACUAUGCCACGCAGUUCUAAAGACUCUUCAGCGUUGGGAACAAGUUCUUCUCAGACGACUUGAAAUGCAUGGAGGUCCACCGGAAAACUUUAUUUCUAUUCACAUUUUACAAGAUGCCUCAUCUUCAGGCCCUGCACUACUUCGCCACAAAACUUUGCUAGAACCAACAAACACUCCUUUCAAAUCCAAAAGUCAUUAUGCAUUAUCCGUAAAAAGACUUUGGCAGUACCUCGUUAAACAAGAAAUGGUCCAAGAAACCUUCAUCAGAAACAUAUUUGCCAAAAAAAAGUGUUUAAAUGAGUCAUUAGAAGACCAGGCUGAACUUACCAAAACUACUUCAGGAGAUGAAUCAGGAAUCAAUAAGAUAGAGCAUGAUGCAGGAUCUCCUGGAAGUAAAGCAAGAAUUAUCCAUAAAGAGUCUGACAUUAUCACUGCCUUUGCUGUCAAUAAGGCCAACAGGAAUUGUAUUGCAAUAGCUUCAAGCCACGAAAUUCAAGAACUGGAUGUUUCUGGAAUUUUAGCAACUCAGAUCUACACUUGGGUUGAUGAUGAUAUUGAAGUAGAAGCUAAAGGACCUGAUGACUUCUUGGUUAUACAUGCUCGUGAUGACUUGGGAAACAUUCAAGGAACUACUCCUUAUACACACAGCACUCCCGGAACACCAAUCAAUAUGCCAUGGCUUGGCAGCACUCAGACUGGCAGAGGUGCUGCUAUGGAAUAUUCCAAUAAAUUUAAUGGAAUCAGAAAGGAAUUGGCAAGAAAAGAGAUGAUCAAGAAGAAUCUCAAUAAUGUCAGAAGAAUGGCUUCUCACCCAACACUACCUUAUUAUUUGACAGGUGCCCAGGAUGGCAGUGUGAGAAUGUUUGAAUGGGGUCAUUCUCAACAACUUGCAUUCUUUCGAUCUGGUGGCAACUCCAGAAUUACACGAAUGAGAUUUAAUUAUCAAGGCAAUAAGUUUGGGAUCGUUGAUGGUGACGGACACAUAAGUUUGUAUCAAACAAACUGUAAAGGUUGCCCACAUAAUGGAAGCACACCUAAACCAUACCUGACAUGGCAAUGCCAUAAUAAAACGGCUAGUGAUUUUGUUUUCAUCAGUUCUUCGUCUUUGAUAGCUACUGCUGGGUUAUCUACUGACAACAGAAAUAUUUGUCUGUGGGAUACUUUGGUUGGCCCUUCUUGUAGCUUGGUUCAUGCAUUUACCUGUCAUGAUACUGGAGCAACUGUUUUGGCAUAUGCCCCCAAACACCAGCUAUUAAUAUCUGGUGGAAGAAAAGGCUACACCUGCUUAAUAGAUCUUCGUCAAAAGCAACAGAGACAGUUUUUCCAAAGUCAUGAUUCUCCUAUUAAAGCAAUUGCUGUAGAUCCUACAGAAGAAUAUUUUGUUACAGGAUCCGCAGAAGGAAAUAUUAAGGUAUGGUGUCUGUCUAAUUUCAGUCUUCUCCAUACUUUCCUCAAUGAACAUUCUAGACAAUCUAUUUUCAGAAAUCUUGGGACUGGUGUCAUGCAGAUUGAGACAGGACCAGCAAAUCAUAUAUUCUCCUGUGGAGCUGAUGGGACAGUGAAGAUGAGAAUUUUGCCUGAUCGGUUUAAUUCAUUUGGUGAAGUGUUGAAAACUGAUGUGAAAUAUGUGUUCUAAAGUGCUGUUAGCACUUGUAAAAUAUUAUAGAAUAUUAUCAAGUAUAAUUGUACAGGUAGCCCUAUAGUAAUAUUUCCUGGUAUUUAUAUUUAUUUCUUGGAGAUAUAGUCCUUAAUGCACUAAUGCCUUAAAGGUUAGCAAGUUCAUUCUUAUUCUGCAUAAGAAUAGUUUUUGAUGAUUCAGUAAAUAUUUAUUAUGUAUUUUGUUGAGUACUGUUUGUUCUUAAUUAAUAAUAAUGCCUCAUUCCAUGUUGUUGAGCAUGGUCUUUAUUGCUUAAUUUCUAAAGACCAUUCCAUAAAGCAGCCUUAUAAUAUCAUCUCUUUUAGCCUGACAGAACAAUCAGUUGCCAAAUUCUUUAUUCUAACUAUAUAUGGGUUGUACUCGUGUAAAAUAAACAUACUUGACAUAAGCAGAUACCAAUGCUAUACUGAGAUUUGCUAUAGGAAGAAAUGCUACUAGAUGAGCCACCAUUGCUAAUAUUUUCCUGAGAUCUAGUUUGUUCACUUUUACAACUUGAACUCAGUCUUUAGCGUGAAGAAUUAAAAGACAAAAGAUUGUCUUGGAACUUUUCAUGCUUGAAUGACUGCUAUCGGUUUGGCAGUCUUUUCCUUGAACCAAGUUUUUAUAUAUAUAUAUAUCUCCAUGAAACUAAAUUUAAGUAUAUGUUGCAUAGGAUAAUUGAAUAAUCUGGGUGGGGAUUAUAAAAUCAUCUAUGCUUAAAUCAUCGGUAAAACACAGGAAAUUGACAUAUGUUAUUUUCUCAGUAAAUUUUGUUUUCAUUUAAUCCAAACAUGCUUAUUCUUCCGCUGGCAUUUGAAUCAUAGCGUUUAGCUUUCAUUUGUGAAAUAAAUAAGAAAAAGUUGCAAAAGAAAACUAUUCUAAUGUAUGAUAAAUAGUAUAGAUUUAUAUUUUUUAAAAAAAUCAAGAGUUUGAAAUUUGUUUUUGUUAAAAAUGUAAUAACUGUACACUUAAUUUUUUUGACCAAAAUAUAAAAAUGUACAAAGCUUUCAAAAUUUUCUAUGUGCUAAAAUAGGCCUUGUAGUGUAAUUAUUUUGAACUAGUCUUAUUUUACUCGUGUGAAAGUCUCAAAAAAUAAUUGGAUAGAUUACUUAAAUGCAAAUUAUAAACAAUUUACUAAAAUAUUUUUGUGGAAAAACUGUCAAUACAAUUUCAUGUGAAACAGAUUUUGACUGGGAAUAGAUGCUGCAAAUAAAACAAAAGUGCAGGGCUUGUAUAAUUAAUUUUGUACUAUUCUCAGGACACUACUUUUAAAAGUAACAUUUCUUACUUUUUAUAUAGCAUUUUAAAUGUAAUUUUAGCAUAUUUCUAUGCAAGCAGUAAAUAAGGAAACAAGUGUUAACAUAAUCAAAAAUACAUUUGUGCAAUAACCUAUACUAUUCUUAGAAAGGAAAAAUGCAUAGCAGCAUUUUAAAAGAGUUAGUGCAGUUAUCUGAUGCAGUGAAUUAAAAUUUUGAGUCAGUUUGCAGAUAAUUCUGUGGGAAGAAUAUAAAUUGCAAUAUUAGAUCACAACAAUGACUCUGUGAAAAUAGCUUUAUACACUUUAGGUCCGUUCCACAUAUAUUCAUUUGCUUGCUUAGAAGGUAUAUGUUUAAUAGCCCAAUCCUGUAAUUGUUUAGGAUGUACAUAUAAGCUUGGGGUCCUGAGCCAUCAACAGUAAUGUUCUGCUAUGUCUGUAGGAAAAUUAAAUUGACGUAACAGCUAGUACCAGUAUUUAGGAAGAUACGUUAAAUGUUAGUGUUAUAACCAUUUAUUUCAUUUAAGAAUAUUAAAAUUAAUUCUGUUGCCCUUGAUAUUUUAUUCAGAAGAUUAGUAUGGAAAUAAUCAUUUUAAUGCUUAGUAUAUAAAGCCUGAUUUACUGAAUUUUAUAUCUGAAUUGCAAAAUCCAAAAUUAUACCAAAGUCUUAAAGAGUUUAACUUGUAAUUCAAGCUCCUUAUAUUAGAUUUAACAUGGGAUUUUGAGAAAGACUAUAAUCUUUAGUAAACUUUUUGAUAAGUUGCACUAAGUUUAAGACUCCAAUAUUGUAUAAAGCUUUGCAUUUUUUAUUAGAACAGCUAGUGUUUUCAUUAAGAAUUUGCUUAAUCUGAUAUUUUUAAGACUGUCAUGUAUUUAGUACAUAUCUACACAAACAACCAUGUACAACUUUUACGAUGCCAUAGUUGAUCAUCACUUUAUUUGAAGGCUUAAAGAUUUAACUUAUAUUAAAAUGUUAUGUGCCUCUCUUAUGUCCAAUUAGUAUCUAGAGAACGUUUUUUCCCAUUAAUGUACUUCUCCCUUCUCUUUUGUUAGUGUACCAAUGAAGUGGCUGGAAUUUUCUAUUUUUCUAAAAGCAUAUUAGAAGUUCAGUUUAUUUCUUCUAUAAUUAAAAAGAAGGCAAAAUUAUCAAAUUAUCUACCACUAAUAACUGCUCAAAAAAUAAUAGGUAAGAGUGGUGCAAUUGUCAAUAUUAUAGUUGCCAUUAUUAUGAUUCUGUACAUUUUUGUAUGUACAAAACAAAUUACAAAGCACAUGCAUAGGUUUAGAACCCCCAAAUAAAAUUUAUCAUUAGCUAAUUAGUCUGUUCAAUGUUUGCUUUUUAAAUGGUACACAAUUUCAUAAAAAUAAACUUCUUACACUUACUGUUUGUAAUGUUCCACACAAGAAAUGCUUCCCAAACCCUAGUCCAUGGACUGGCACUAGGCUGAGGCAUGCCAGAAGAUGGGCCAUGCAAACAAGCAAAGCCCUCUCUGUGGGAUGCAGGCAGCACAUGAAACCACAACCCCCUCGGUCCGUGGAAAAACCUCUCUCUACAGAAUGGGUUUCUGGUGCCCAAAUGAUUGGGGGUUGCUGCUCUUAACUUUGACUAUAUUAGAAACUUCUUGUGAUUUACACUAAAAUCUAACAAUUUUUGUAUUGUUUUAUACUUCAUCAAUAUUGUGGGACCCACUAUAUCUCAGUUUUGUGUUGGAGUGCUUUUGCCAAUAUCUACCUGUAUACAUCCUGACAUCAAUACGUAUCUUUAUUUUUCACUACUUUAAUGGGGUCCAUUAUUUCUUAAAAUCAGCUUAAUACUGUUUAAAAGAAGUUAUAGAAUAAAACAGAAUUCUCAACGGAAUUUAUGGAUAAUUCAUAACAUGGAAUACCAAUACCAUGCCAUGAAUGAUCCAUAAAUUUCUGAUAUGCCAUGGUUUAUAGUAUACUUUAUACUUGUAUUAGCUGUGCAAUUAAAGAGAGUUGAACUCACUUAUAAUUUGAAGAAUUUCCUAGCCCAAGUGCCCCUUUCAUUCAUAUAAGGGGAAAUUAUUUGAAUAAUUCCUAGGUUGCUUAGAAAACAGGAAAAUGGUAAUUUCCUCUCCUUACAAUAACUUGCAGAUAAUUUAAUAUUGAAAAAUAGUAUCCUGGAUUGCUUCACCCUUCAGGAUUUUUAAAAAGCAGCCAUCACACAUUGCUCCAUACGAUUGUAAUGGCUCCUGCCAUUUUUGUGUGCUUUCUCCUAGAAAUGUAGUUUCUGCAUUUUUAUGCUACUUGAGUACACAAAUAGUAUAAAAUAGUAUAAACAC